GCUGAGAACUCACAGGAGCAAGAGAGAAAGGGAGGCAGAAGCUGGCUCUGUCCCGAAGUCGGGGCCAGAGGCAGCGGAGCGGGGAGCCUGUGUCGAAAGGAGAAGGCGUGGAUCUCGGUGACACCCCCGGAAGGGGCCUCGGAGCCCGGGAAGGCCUGAACUAGCAACCAGCAGCGCCAUCACUGGGCCUCUGGGAGCCCCGGUGUCCCCUCCUGAGGCUGGGUCAAGGGGAGGGGUCAGCACUGACGUGGUUCUAAUCCUUCCUGCAGCCCUCGUGCCGGCCAGCAGCUUCUCACCGCCUGCCCUUCCCCGCCAGGAGGGGGCUCUGUCCUGCACCCCCGCUGGUCUCUGAUCUGCCUGCGCCUCCAGCACGGAUCGUCUUGGCAGAGCUGCCCCCAAAGAUUCCUGCGAAUGCUUGUCUGUUCCUGCCUAUUGCAAAGCAUGGUGCCCACAGCCCUCCGGGAAGCGUCUUAAACCCCCUCCACAGCUGCUCCGGUGGGCACUGUGCAGAUCACCCUCCCCCGCUCUGGACUCAGGAGCGGUGCCCAUCCUGGCAAUGCCCUUGGGAGCCUUGGCCCCAGCUGGAUGAGACCUUUCCAGAGCAGGACCCGACAUUCCCACCCACCAAGACUCUAACAGUGCCCUCCGCCACCUCCCACGUCUGGCUGUCUGGGCAGAUUCUAGAAUGUCUGUGCCCCAGAUCCGCGUCGAGGAAGCGGCCGGUGGGGAAGAAGGGCUGGCAGGAGCAGCCCUGCCUUCCGAUGACCACCUCCGGAGCCUGAAGGCCCUCACGGAGAAACUGAGGCUGGAGACCCGCAGGCCCUCCUACCUGGAAUGGCAGGCCAGGCUGGAGGAGCAGACCUGGCCCUUCCCGAGGCUGGCAGCUGAGCAGCAGAGCUGUGCGGAGGAGGGGCUCCCCCUCGCCCCUAGAGUGCCCAGGCGGCAGCCCCCAGCUCAUGGGUCGGCCAGCCAGGAAGACGGGGCCCGGUCCACUGGCAAGCUGGAGGGCUUUGAGAGCAUCGACGAAGCUAUAGCCUGGCUCAGGAAGGAACUGAUGGAGAUGCGGCUCCAGGACCAGCAGCUGGCCCGGCAGCUCAUGCGCCUGCGCAGUGACAUCCACAAGCUGAAGAUCGAGCAGACCUGCGACCUCCACCGGCGGAUGCUCAACGACGCCACCUACGAGCUGGAGGAGCGGGAUGAGCUGUCCGAUCUCUUCUGCGACGCCCCGCUCGCCUCCUCCUUCAGUCUCUCUGCGCCGCUCAAGCUCAUUGGGGUCACCAAGAUGAAUAUCAACUCCCGCAGGUUUUCUCUGUGCUGAAAAGCCCUAGACGGGGCGGUGGAGCCAGAACGAGGGUUUGGGAGGUGGGCAGGGGGCGUAGGAAGGGAGCUGAGGCCCAGCUACCCGAGUGGGUCUCCCCGGAGGCAGGACAUCGCUGGAACCUGCGGCAGGUGCUCACAGGCCCUAGCUGUGGAGCCCAGUGUCCCCAUGCCUGGCCCUGGUUUAAUACCCAGAGUCCUGCAGAAGGGCUGCUUCAUCUGAAGUUCAGUGAGACCUGGGUCCCCAGCACACGUCUCAUCCUUCUCUCAGUGACCCACAUUCCUGCUUCCCGAAAUCACUGGUGCUAUGACCUGGGAACCCAAAGGGAGCCCCAAAGCCCUGAUUCUUGCAGAAGGCUUCCCCAAGGGCACCAAACCCCAGGGCGAGGUGAUUAGAUAUGUCCGCCGUGCCCAUGGCACGUUCGCUGUCCUCUAAGUACUGGCUUACGCCCACCCUAAGUGGGUGACUCAGUAACCUCGAUAGGGACCCACCAGCAAAGGAAAACCAAAAGGAAUAACACAUGGAGCUUGGGGAAGCAGGCCCCACAGCCGCAGCCAGUGCUCUGGGUGAGGUCUUCAACCUGGGCCCCACAGGUGCCAGCUAAAUUGUUUGCGGUGUGUGCCGUCCCACCAGUGUCGCUGGGGUGGAGCAGGCACAGACGCCCUGUGCUGCCCACCCUGGCCACAUACACCAGUCCCAACCUCCAAAGAGCCCCUUUGCUGCCACCCCACAGCCCCGGGGGGGUGCCUAGGGGUGGAUUUCACCAGAGGGGCCAAAAGAGGCCUCCUGGUGGAUUCCGAUGGUGUCACCGCUUUCACCUUCGUGCCCUCCCCAGAAGCUCGCCCUGAGCCUCCUCUGAGAUUCUGUGCCUGACUUAAACAACUAAUUUUAAUUGAAUCAGACUGUUCCUAACUUGCGGCUAACUUGUCAAUAACUGUUUGAAUUUUGUCCAAAUGGCAAAGCCAGUGGGUAGGUCAAGUACCAAGGUUCAGGGUUUGAUUUUAAAAGGUUCUCCCUAAAGACAAGUGGGAGGAUCGGCAAAGUGAGGACUGAGACCUCAGCAGGUUAGGACGUUAACCCAGUAGAACGCCCCGUGCUGGGGACUGACCUCUGACCCAUCUAGCCAAGCCCUCUGGUUCAUAAAGCAGUGAGUGAGGCCAGAGGAGGAGAGUGGUCUCCCUCAGGCUCCACAGCUCUUUAGUGGCUGUAGAAUAUUGAUGUGUUAAUAAUAAUCAUUACUAAUAAUGCCUACACAGAUCAUGUAUCAAUGAACUUGAACUCCAAAGAUGGUACUAACGCUUUGUCAAACCCACGAACUGCCAAUCCCUCCACUCUCCACCUCACUCAGCCGCAUCAUCUCCCCAGUUACGAUUCCUACUGCUGUCACGCUUCCAUCACUGAAGUGAGGUGUCCUGUUGCUCUUUUAUGCUUCAUCUUCCUGUAGAAUUUCACGAGGGCCCACACACACACACACACACACACACACACACACACA